AAUAGAUCGCGAUAUUAAGAUUGACUUGUUGUGGAUCGCCUUUGAGAUAUACUUCAGAAAUUUGGGGCUUAAGCAUAAAUGUUGAAUAAAUUCCGUUUAAAAUCAGUUAAAUCGUAGGUGGUUCCAGGUUUUUCUUCUUCUUCACAAACUUUGUUGAUGGGACCCAUGGCGCACACUGUGUGAAGGGACUUACUUAGCAAGAAAUCACAUAGACGGGGAGUGAGAGAGAGAGAGAUAGAGGAAGCCAGAGGGAAAGGAAGAAAAAGGGUGCUACCAAGAAACCGGUGCAGGCACUGGGGGCAAAUGUUUUGUGGGCUUCAGAAAUCGGAUUUUGGUAGCCAAGUGCUUUCAUAUUGACAGAUACAUUGUAUAUCCAUUCAAGCUCAACCAAGAAGUACCGCAAUCCACAGCAGGAAUCAACUGACGAAAGUUCAAGAAGCAACAGGAGCAACGUUAGUUGGGUGCCACAGUCGGCACAUCGUGUUGAAACUGCGUUUGCGAUGAUGCCGUUUCGCAGGACGAUUCGUACAUUAUAGACCGCAACAUAUUUUCACUAAGUGCACAAAAACAAAUAAGAGAACGCUUCCAGUAACAGUGAAAGACAAUACACACUAAACACUUCCAAAAAGGAAAACGAAAAAAAAAACAAAACAAAAAAAUGCUGCUAAUGCGAAAAACGGUGAGAUCAAUUGCUACCUUCGCUCUCCUAUUGCUCGUGCUCUAUGUGAAGACACACACGUUUGCCCUGACCACUGGCCAAGCUGUGGAUAACUCAGCAUCCUACUCGAGUCUGAAUGAAACCAGCAGUGAUGUCAUUCACAAUCGUUUUGUGCGUCAGGUGAAUGAUGAUCUUGAUGAACAGGAGACGACAACAUUACGCCCCGGUGUCGAGGUGGAAGAAUUGGGCACCUGUUCAGAGGGCCUUCUGCUGCCACUAUGGUUGCCCCAGCGUCAUAUUUCAGUUAGUGACCGUGCCAUCCGUGGCUUUGUCUACUUUAUGCUAAUGGUUUAUUUGUUUGUGGGCGUCUCGAUUAUAUCGGAUCGCUUUAUGGCAUCAAUUGAGGCAAUCACUUCUAUUGAACGCAAUGUUGUCGUUCGUGGACCAAAGGGCGAAAAGCAAACGAUGCGUGUACGCAUCUGGAAUGAGACUGUGGCAAAUUUAACGCUCAUGGCACUUGGAUCUAGUGCACCCGAAAUUCUACUCUCCGUAAUUGAGAUCUAUGCGAAAAACUUUGAGAGCGGAGAUCUGGGACCAGGCACAAUUGUUGGCUCUGCGGCAUAUAAUCUAUUUGUUAUAAUUGCUCUCUGCAUGGUGCUGAUACCGAAGGGUGAGAAGCGUCGUAUAAAACAUCUCAGGGUGUUCAUUGUCACCGCCGUACUGUCCAUUAUUGCUUACAUCUGGCUAUGGGCGAUUCUUUCGCUCAUUUCGCCUGGCAUCAUUGAGGUGUGGGAGGGUGUGCUCACCCUGCUUAUGUUUCCAGCCACCGUACUCUGGGCGUAUAUAGCGGAGCGACGAUUGCUCGUCUACAAAUACAUGGAUAAGAACUAUCGGAUGAAUAAACGUGGCACUGUUGUUGCCGGCGAACAGGAUUCCGUUGAGAUGGGCGGAGAUGAUAAGGGUAAACAGUUUUUGCGCAUGAGUGAGAGUGCGCAUGCUUAUGAUGAGGCCAGAAUGGAGUACAUACAGCUGCUGUCGGAGCUACGUCAAAAGUUUCCGGAUGCUGAUCUGGAGCAACUGGAAAUGAUGGCACAGGAGCAACUGAUAACGCGUGGCAACAAAUCCCGCGCCUUCUAUCGUAUCCAGGCCACGCGCAAGCUCAUCGGCAGCGGCAAUCUGAUGCGUAAGAUUCAAGAACGUGCCCACGACGAUAUAACACGCGUGAAAGCUCAAAUCCAAACAUUUAACGACGAUGAUGAUGAUAUGCCCACGCGGAUCUACUUUGAGCCCGGACACUAUACGGUCAUGGAGAAUUGUGGCGAAUUCGAGGUGCGUGUGGUGCGACGUGGAGAUAUCUCCGGCUAUUCCAAUGUUCAGUUUGAGACUCAGGAUGGCACCGCCUCCGCUGGCUCUGAUUAUGUGGGCAAAAGUGGUAUACUUACUUUUCCGCCGGGCGUAGAUGAGCAACGUUUCAAGAUCGAGAUUAUUGAUGAUGACAUUUUCGAGGAGGACGAAUGCUUCUAUAUCCGACUCUUCAAUCCUUCGGCGAACGCUACCAUUUAUGUGCCACAUACAGCUACCGUUAUGAUUCUGGAUGAUGAUCAUGCGGGCAUUUUUGCCUUUGCCGAUGCCGUAAUCGAUGUUAACGAAUCGGUUGGAGUCUACGUUCUAUCAGUAAUGCGAUAUUCUGGUGCUCGAGGUAACGUCAUUGUACCCUAUUGGACCGAGGAUGAAACUGCGAUCAGUGGGCGUCACUAUCAUGGGGUUCGUGGCGAGCUCAUCUUUGAAAAUAAUGUAACUGAAAAAUUCAUAUUGAUACCCAUCAUCGAGGAAAGUACGUACGAGAAGGAUGUCAAGUUCAAAGUGAACAUUGGCGAGCCUCAGCUGGCACCAGAUUCCGCUCACUACCAUGACACAAAUAAGGAAUCAUUUUUCCAUCGAUUUUUUGAAAAUCACACUGGAGAUCAUACUCACGAUGAACUAUUAGCGGAAAUCCAUAAUGUGGAAAAGAAACGAGCUGAAGACUUAACAGAUCUCGAACGCAUAUUGCUAAUGAGCAAGCCACGAAACGGAGAGCUGACCACUACAUACAUACGCAUACGGGAGAGCUCGGAGUUCAAGACUACUGUGGACAAGCUGGUCGCCAGGGCAAACGUUUCAGCUGUGCUGGGCACAUCCACGUGGAAGGAGCAGUUCAAGGAUGCGCUUACUGUUGUACCAGGUGACGAGAAUGACCUAGACGCCGAGGAAGAUGUCGGAGAGGAAGUACCGAAAUGCGUGGAUUAUAUCAGCCAUUUCAUUUGCCUAUUUUGGAAGGUGCUGUUUGCAUUUGUGCCGCCCACAGAUAUAUGCGGCGGCUAUGUCACCUUUGUUAUUUCUAUAUUUGUCAUUGGCGUUCUAACCGCUGUUAUCGGAGAUGCGGCAACUUACUUUGGCUGUGUGUGCAACAUCAAGGACUCGGUGACAGCCAUUUGCUUUGUGGCCCUAGGCACCAGUAUACCAGAUACAUUUGCCAGCAUCAUUGCGGCUAAACAGGAUGCGACCGCGGACAAUUGCAUUGGCAAUGUAACGGGCAGCAAUGCGGUCAACGUAUUCCUGGGCAUUGGACUGGCGUGGUCAAUCGCCUCGAUCUAUCAUGCAGUGAAUGGCUCAACAUUCAAUGUAGAGCCCGGAACCAUUGGCUUUGCUGUAACGCUCUUCUGUGGCGAGGCUCUCAUUGCAAUUGGUGUUUUGAUGUUUCGACGAUCGACCAAAUCGAUACGUGCUGAACUGGGUGGACCCUUUAUUAGCAAAUGGCUUCAUGCAUCGAUAUUGCUCUUGCUGUGGAUUGUAUAUCUGAUCGUGAGCACCUUGGAGGCAUAUGAUAUCAUCAUAGUUUAAACCGAUCGUGCGAUGCAAUGCAGAAACAAAACCAGGUAGCUGUAGCGAAGCUUUAGAGAGAAUAUAUAUAUAUCCAAAAUGAAUAAACAGGAAUUUUAUUAAUAUGAUUCAAGUCUAAAAUGUAUAAUAAUAAUGUAUUAUGUUUUAACUGUUAAAUAUUGAGAAUUAAAUCAAAUUUAUGUUAAUAUUAAAAA